UCUGUUUGCAUUGCAACCAGCAGUCCGAGCUAGUGAUUACUGAAACCAAUAUAUUAAUUAUCUGUGCUGAAAAUAAUAUACAAACAUGGGUUUAUUAGCUAAAUACGUUUUAUUUUGUGCUAAUUCUAUUUUUACGCUUGCCGGGCUCACACUUAUAGGUCUAGGAACUGCAGUGGUAGUGCAUACAGCUGAACUAAUGGUUUUGAUGCCAAUCGCCAUAGAAGCCAUCCCUAUAUCCGUGAUUAUUAUAGGUAUUUUGGUACUUAUAAUAUCAUGUAUUGGAUACUGCGGAUCCAUUCAUGAAAAUCGAUUUUUGCUUCUCGUGUAUUCAUUGAGCACGGUUCUUCUAGCUGGAGGCAAGAUAUACCUAGCGAUCGUGAUAUACAACAGUGUGAACAGAAUGCCCGAGCUAGUGCUGGACUGGCUUGGACAGGCUUUCAAUAAUAAUCAGAUGAGGGAAUCCUUCCAUGCUAUGGAGGCAGCGUUCAGUUGCUGCGGGACAACUGGUCCGGAUUCUUAUACAACUGGCGUGCUACCAAGUUUGCCAGCAACAUGCUGUCCAGAUGAUAUCGAAGACGUUUGCAAUAGUACCAACGCGUUUGAUGGCUGCUAUAGGAUAGUGACCGUGUAUUUGGAGUCGUAUGGCUUGGUCCUUGGAGGGCUUAUGGUCAUGAUUAUUAUUGUCGAGUUGUCAGCUUCGUUAUUUGGAAUGAUUUUAUGCUGUUGGAUUGGCAAUAAACGACGUCGUUCUGUGUGAAUAAACCCACUAUUUACCUGAGUGAACUCUAAAUCAAUCAGACGUCUGGUUGGUUCUGAAAGGUCUGACAGAAUCUAUGUUGUUGAAUCAGACCUUGACUGCAAAUAUUUGUAUUCUGUAUAAAGGUGCUCUUAUUAUAUUUUUAGUCUGCGGAAACAUAAUAUUGUAUGUAUACGUUGCCAUAUUAUGUUUAUGUUAAGGCUUUGUACAUAUUAGCGUUGUGAACGUAUUUUUAAUUUCAAUAAAAUGUGUACCUAUUCAUGAUUUUAUGUGAUAAUAAAUUAGUUAACUUUUAUCAUUGUGAACAUAACCUAGGUUAUCUUAUCUUUAUAUUCCGCUCGUAUUUAGGGAAGUACCCGCCGAGGGUUUAUAAACCUAUAUUUUAUUAUUUUAUCAGUGCAUGGUGACGUAUUUGAUGAUAAUGUAAACUAGUGCAAUUUGUGUAAUAUGUUCGACGGAUUAUUUUGUAUGAUUUGUUAAAAUGAUAUAGAUACACAGUAGGAAAAAAGUCAGUAUUUUUUAAUUUUAUAUAAUUUUUAUAAAUAUGUUAUUUUAUUGUGAUUUACUUACAUUAAUUUUAGUUAUACAUAUAUUUUUUAUUUGUAUAUUAAAUUCAUAAAUUCAUAGGAUAUCAGCUAUACAUUUUAAAAUCCAUCGCUUUCUAAACCACCCAAUGAAUAAAAAAAUAUCUUUGUAAUAAAACGGUGAUAAUAAAACAGGUUUUCAUA